UCCCGCGGGCAACAUGGCGGACGCGGCACCUCCGCCGAGCAAGAGAAAACGUGAACUGGCAGACGCGGGGACGGCAGCCUGCGGCACCGAGGACAAGGAAGCCAUGGUAGCCGGCGUUGGAAAUGGCACCUCUGCCCCUGCCCACUUUCCUUUUUCCGGCUUUAGAGUGAAAAAAGUGCUGCGGGAGUCCGCGCGGGACAAGAUCCUGUUCCUACACGGCAAGGUGAAUGAGGCCUCUGGGGAUGGAGAGGAUGCCAUUGUGAUCCUGGAGAAGACACCAUUUCAGGUGGAACAGGUGGCCCAGCUCCUGAUGGGCAGCCCUGAGCUCCAGUUGCAGUUCUCCAAUGAUAUUUACAGCACCUAUCACAUGUUUCCUCCAAGGCAACUGAGUGAUGUAAAGACAACCGUGGUUUACCCAGCCACAGAGAAACACCUGCAGAAGUACCUGCGCCAGGACCUCCGCCUGGUUCGAGAGACAGGAGGCGAUUACAAGAGCAUCACCUUGCCCCACCUGGAGUCCCAGAGCCUCAGCAUCCAGUGGGUGUACAACAUUCUCGACAAGAAGGCUGAAGCCGACCGGAUUGUCUUUGAGAACCCAGAUCCCUCUGACGGCUUUGUCCUCAUCCCCGACCUCAAGUGGAACCAGCAGCAGCUGGAUGACCUGUACCUGAUUGCCAUCUGCCAUCGCCGGGGCGUCAGGUCGCUCCGGGACCUCACUGCAGAGCACCUGCCGCUGCUCAGGAACAUCCUCCGGGAGGGGCAGGAAGCCAUCCUGCAGCGAUACCAGGUGAGGGGGGACCGGCUCCGCGUGUACCUGCACUACCUGCCCUCCUACUACCACCUGCACGUGCACUUCACCGCCCUGGGCUUCGAGGCCCCCGGCUCUGCGGUGGAGCGAGCCCACCUGCUGGCGGACGUGAUAGAGAACCUGGAGCAGGACCCUGCGCACUACCAGCAGCGCACCCUCACCUUUGCCCUCAGAGCGGACGACCCCCUGCUCACCCUCCUGCAGGAGGCCCAGAAGAGCUGAGUGCGCCGGGGCUGCCCAGAGACCACAGAUGUGGGACUGGGGUGGAGGGGUGGCUAGCACCCCAGUAACUUCUCUAAAUGUGUUUUGUACUGGCUUAUCCCUCGGGUGUGAAUAAAGUACCGG